AGUUUUUAGCUGUUUAGUUGCUGUUCAGGUCGCACCCGAUCCGGUCCGGUUGUAUUGCGAUUCCCUGCGUCCGAUGCCAACGCGCCUCACACACUGAUCACACACACAUAGUGCUGGGUGGUGGUGGUGGCUGGGGCAUCUCGUCAGCGAGUCGUAGACAUUGGUCAAACCGGGGGUGAAGUGAUCCGCAUUACCCUGCAUUCAAGUAAACCGUUAAUUGCAUUCAGCAGGAAGCGCGAAACACUCUGCGCAUCUAACUGGAAAAGUGGACCGAUUAUCAGUAUCCGAGCACCGGUCCUUUGUUUGUUUCGUCUCGUCAAGCAUAAGAGCUGUGUUGGUUUUAAGAGCAACGAAGAUACACAGACACAUAAACACAUGCGCCACGAAUAAGGAACUGGUGCGAAACGCAAGCAACUGCGCGGCAAUAUGGAUACCAACGAAACGAUGUCGGUGGACAUCCUUGCGGAGGAAAACUUUACCACGACCGGCGACGAAUGUACCAACGAGUUGCCCACCGUACAGGAAUAUCUUGAUGGCUUAACACUCCCAAUCGCCAUAAUAAUUGCCGCCACCGUGCUGCUGAGCAUUGGCACGUUUAGCAUCUUCUUCAAGAACGCCUAUCACAUCCUGCACCGGACGCCGAAACAGUUCAAAACCAAAUCCAUACUGCUGCUGACCAUCUAUCCGCUCAUCACUCUGUUCGGUGUGGUGUCCAUCUCCGUGCCGCGUGCCUUCUUCCUGUGCGAUACCGUGAUGCAUGUGUACUUCAUGAUCUGUGCUUACGUUUUCUUCAGCCUGUGCAUGCAGUAUGUGGACGGGGAAGAUGCGCUUAUUAAAUCGACCGAUUCGCAAACCUUCUCCCUGCGCACCCCACCGCUGUGCUGCUUCGUGCCGCUGUUCAAACGAGCUCCCGUGACAAAAAAUCGGUUACGGUUCGUGCGUAUGCUUAUAAUGCAGCUGCCGGUCGUACAGACUGCUCUCUUUCUGGCCCUGAACGUAGUGUUUGUGGAGGAUUAUCCCAACUUUAAUCGCAUCAUCCUAUACUUUGUGCCAAUGAUUGUCAUCUCUAUUCUGCUCGGUGUGUGGGGAUUGAACAUUCUCGUGCGAAUGCUCGCUCCACUCUACUCCGACUUGAAGCUGAUGGGCAAAUAUUUCGUAUUGCAGGCGGUGCUUAUACUUUGCCGGAUACAGCCCCUCAUUAUAGCGGCCAUCGUUAGCAGCAGCAUUGCCGACUGUGCCUUUCCCAACACACUGCAGGUGCAGAAAAAUGCCAUUUUUCAACUUUGCCUGUGCUUUGAAAUGAUGGUACUAUCAUGCUGGGCCUCCCUGCUGUACAAAUCGCCCUCCAUCAUUGGACCAGGCUAGGCGUGAACGACGGGGGGGACGGCAAACACCACCAAAAAUCCAGCAUCUCCUACUUCAACACGAAUAGCACAGCUAGGCAAAGCUGAUCGUACAUUUAUCUGUGUUUCAGUGUUUUAAAUGUGAUACCAUAAACCACCGUUAAUCACUGCCAGCCGGGGACACGCUUGGCAAGAUGUACUCGGGAGCAAAUCGGGCAAAAUCUCGGCCCGCAUCUCUCGUUACAUCUUCCCAAGCCGUACACGCUGCUGGCCAGGAUGAACUGGUGGUGUAUUUCGAUGGAAAUCUUUAUCAAAUACAAUUAAAUCGAACGAAUAGCAUUUCAACCAACCGUA